GUGUAACGGGUUACGAUUUGUUGUGGUUGGACUUUUAUGUUGAAGGGAUGUUCUUGGCCGGCUGUGUGCAGAGUUCCGGUUCGGUUGUUUAGAAGAAAACGAGCUAGUGUGAUCGGAGAUCGUUAACGGUGUUUCUGCUGGAGUUAAGACGUGGGCUGCGGCCAACAGUAACCCGGAAUAAAGAUCCGAAACGGAAACAACAAGUUGGAGUCAUUAGCAUCUCUUAGAAAAGGCAACAAAAGUGUGUUUUAUAGGUGUGGUGGCUUUUGUUGAGCCGUGGCGGUGCGACACGAACUAGUUUAGCCCAGCAGAAAGGCCCCGCGGCUGGCUGGACCCAGCUCGACACAGCAGCAGAGCGGAAGCGCGGCUGGCCACACCGCAUCACCAACUGCCUUCAGGACCACUGGGCUGGGCUCGCCGUCCAGUCUUCCAAAUCGCUGACAGUUCUGAUCAUCCAGACAGAGGGGGAGAAAAAACCAGCCGGAGUUUCAAGCAGUUAAAGGUGUUCAGCAAAUGGUGCUGAUUUAUGAAGCAGCCAGCUCCUGAAGAACUGAGGCCUCUUUUGAACCAGAAGGACAUGGAGCCCCUUGACAUGAAGCAGGAAGAGGAGGAGCAGCUUGAUGAGAUUAAAACUGAUUCCACCAACAUUUCAUUCUCUGCAGAUUCUCGUCAGUUUAAGGAAGAAGGAAGAGAAGUUCUGUUGUCACAGUUUGAUCAGAACCAACCUAAAGACGCAGAUCUUCCAACCAGCAGCACCACUGACCAGAUGAAUGCAGAAAGUGGUAGAGAGGACUGUGGAGGAGCAAAACGUACCAGGAAUCUAGAUCCAAAACUUUAUAAAGAUGAUUCCAACUCUUCAGAGACUGAAGUCAGCCAAGAUGAAGAUGAUGACCAGGAUGGCAACAAUUCUGACUGUCAGCUAAAGCCUUUUGCUUGUAAGCUCUGUGGGAAAAGAUUUUCCCGAAAGAUACAUCUGAACACUCACAUGAAACUCCACAUAGGACAGAAGCCUUUUGCCUGUGAGCAAUGUGGAAAAAUAUUUGCCCAUAAGGGAAGCUUGAAGAGACACAUUAGAGUCCACACAAGACAGAAGCCUUUUGCUUGUGAGCUCUGUGGACAAAGAUUCACACAAAAGGCAAAUUUAGACACACACAUGAAAGUCCAUACAGGACAGAAGUAUUUUGCUUGUGAGCUCUGUGGGCAAAAAUAUAAACAUAGGUGUAAUUUUGAAAGACACAAAAAAGUCCAUACAGGACAAGAUAAAUGUGCUUGUGAACUCUGUGGAAAAAGAUUUGUUAGAACGGAAAAUUUAGACAGACACAUGAGUGUCCACACAGGACAGAAGCCUUUUGUUUGUGAGCUCUGUGGAAAAAGAUUCAGCCGAAAGGACCAUUUAGACGAGCACAUGAGAGUCCACACAGGACAGAAGCCUUUUGCUUGUGAGCUCUGUGGACAAACAUUCACACAAAAGGCAAAUUUAUAUACACACAUGAAAGUCCACACAGGACAGAAGCCUUUUGCUUGUGAGCUCUGUGGACAAAAAUUCACACACAAGGGAAAUUUGGACAGACACAUGAGAAUUCAUGCAGGACAGAAGCCUUUUGCUUGUGAGCUCUGUGGACAAAGAUUUAGUGUAAAGUCAAGUUUAAACGGUCACAUGAGAGUCCACACUGGACAGAAGCCUUUUACUUGUGAGCUCUGUGGACAAAGAUUUACACACAAGGGAAAUUUAGAUACACACAUGAGAGUCCAUACAGGACAUAAGCCUUUUGUUUGUGAGCUCUGUGGGAAGAGAUUUAGUGUAAAGUCAAGUUUAAACAGUCACAUGAGAGUCCACACAACACACAAACCAUCUGUUUAACUCCAAUGAUUAUUAUUGUAAUUCUCACAUCUUUAAUGUUUAGUUAAGUCGUUUAGUCAGUGGUUUCAGGUUUGGCUGGUCAACACAGUCCUCCCAGACCUCCUCCAAGUCAAACUGUCCCAUAUGAACGUGCCUGACCCAAUUCUGACGGACAGGAAGCAGAAAAUGAGGCUGGGGGAGAAUGUCUCUGACCUGCAGACCAUCAGCACCAGUUCUCCUCAGGGCUGUGUUCUCUCCUCUCUGCUCUUCUUCCUGUACACCAACGGCUGCACUCCAACCACGAGUCUGUUUAUGUUUAUGUAUUUAGCAGACGCUUUUGUCCAAAGCGACUUACAAGUGAUAAUAGGCAUGUUGCCCUUGAGGCUAACAACAACAACAAUAACAACUUGACAUCAGUCAUGGAGAGGAGGGAACAAGGAGUGGACAGUAGAGAGGGGGGACGGGUGCAGGCAGGGUGCUAGUUUAGAAGAUGCUCUCUGAAGAGCAGGGUCUUCAGGAGUUUCUUGAAAAUUGAAAAGGAAGCUCCUGUUCUGGUAGUGCUUGGAAGGUCAUUCCACAUUUGUGGAACGAUGCAUAAGAAGAGUCUGGGUUGUCCUGAGCGUGGUGUAGGCACUGCUAGCCGACCAUCCUGUGAUGACCGGAGCGGCCGGGCCGAGACGUAAGCCUUUGCAAGAGGAUUCAGGUAGAUGGGAGCCGUACCAUCUCGGACUUUGUAUGCUAGUGUUAGCAGUUUGAAUUUGAUGCGUGCUGCUAGCGGUAGCCAGUGGAGCUCAAUGAACAGAGGGGUGACGUGUGCUCUUUUUGGCUGAUUGAAGACCAGACGCGCCGCUGCGUUCUGGACCAUUUGAAGAGGUCUCACAGUACAGCCUGGAAGACCAGUUAGAAGGGCGUUGCAGUAAUGGAGGCGGGAGAUGACAGUAGACUGCACCAGGAGCUGGGUGGCAUGUUGUGUUAGGUAUGGUCUGAUCUUACGUAUGUUAUACAGCGCAGUGUGUUUGCACCUGAACUGACCCGCUCUGCUUUAAUUAUCGAUUCCCUAUAUUAUCAUUUCAUUGUGUUUAUUUAUUCUAGUUUUGCUCAUAUUUUUUCUUGCACCAGGUACCGCAGCAGUUUGCUAUAGUUCUUCACAGUAAAACCCGUCUGAUUUGUGAAUGAAUCAGUGUAAAAAGUUAGCUUUCCUGUUGCAGCAAAUUAUUAAAGUUCACUUUGUUUUUAGCAGAGAGGCCUUUCUGCGUAGGCUGCUGCCUCCGCACCGUCACUCCAGAUAAACGGCUGGAAAUGUUUAACUUAAACAAACGUUGGUUUUGAGAUAUGGUUGAAAUGAUUGAAUUAAAGUUUGAAUAUGGAACACGGACACUCUGGCAACAUCUAGUGUUUAGAGGUGGUAACUGCAACACAAGAAGUAAUUUUCCAGCUGCCGGGGUGUUGGUUCACUGCUGACACGUUCUUGACCACACAGCCAGCACCUUGUCCAGUGACCAAUCGUACAGGGUAAGGACUCAUUUCUAAUAAGUUUAUUUUACAACCGUAUUCACCGUUAGAACAUCUUCUGGGCUCAGAAUCAGUCCGCCUUUUUACACAGUCGCAGCCUCGCCGAGCUGGCCUAGAGCAACAGUGCCCUCUUGUGGCUGGUAGAUGUAUAAACCCAAUGUUGUGCCCAACAAAAUAAAAAUUAGAUACAUUUUUUUAAAUAUAACUUAAAUGAAAAACUACGUUCAUUCUGCACACCUCUAAACACCCGUGGAGGCUUUUGUUUAAAAAUAGCUUUUUAUUUCUAAUGUUCCAUAUUCCUCCUUUAAUGAACAUAAUAAAAAUAAUAAUUUGGGGAUUUGCAAGGGUACUGUUACAUAAAUGUUUGGUAUUUGGAGAAGAAAGGGUUGAAAACGAAAGGUUUGUUUGCCACUGAAGUUUUUAAUAAAUGUCUUUUUUCAGAGUUCAGUGUUGGCUAGCUCAGCUCACAUAUCGGACUUGGGCCUUUUCAAACCACUCACAUACCUGUCAUCAGCAGAGAGCGAUCACACAAACAUAAAACUAGCCGAUCCCACCUUCAUUAUCUCAAGCAGUUGUCUAGAGUCUCACAUUCAAUAAGUCAUACAGUUCCCUCAUCCCCAGCCACUGUUAGCAUGGCUCUUUAAAAGUUCGCUCUCUGCUGAACAAAACUUUUAUCAUAAACGACCUGAUUUUAGACAAUAAUCUUCAAGGUUUAUUUUUAACAGAGACCUGGUUGAGUUCCGAUGCUCCUGUUGCUCUCACAGAGGCCUCCCCACCAAACUUUAACUUUAUUUAUUCUACCAGGAAUGGGAAAAAGGGAGGUGGAACCGCUUUUAUGUGUUCUUCUACAUUCAAAUUCAAAAAAACUUUUAUCAUCCCCGAGGGGCAAUUGUGUAAGUACAGAGGAUUGAUUGUAAUAAACCUUGUAAUAAAGAGUAAAAAGAGUUUAUUAAAAUUAUUAUUUUAAAUAAUCUUGAAGUGUCCUUCAUCUUGCGGAGGAACAGCAGACCGAUAAAAGAUGUUUUUCAGCAGACUUUCCGACUCCUGCGAUGGAUAAUCUGUGGGACAAAGUACAGCUCGACCCAGCUCGACCUGGCUGGGGGAACGUGACCUUUGGGACACAAAAUGAGGCCAUUCAUAUUGCUACAAGAUUAAAUUAUGAUGCCCGGAGGGCAACAGUGUUGGUUCUACUGGAUCCAAGUGCUGCCUUUGAUACAGUAGACCACACUAUUCUUUUAACCCGCUUUAAACAGAUCGGCCUCUCUGGUGAUGUACAUAGAAGAUUCACUUCUGUUGUGUUCUUAGAUGUACUUCCUGUAUCUGACAUAAAGGUGGCACUGUGGGGAUUGCUAAUGUGAGAAGAAGAAGAAUAAAGAAAUGAAACUUG